AAACAAUAUGAGGAAGAUGUCUUUCAUUGUAGUAAGUCGUUUGACGUUAUCAUUCAUAUACAAGCAGGAUGGCGAGUCCGGUCACCAAGGAGAUCUCCUAUGAGGAUCUGAAAGCUCUUCUGGGAAAGAGUCAGAAUCUCCUCCUCAUUGAUGUUCGCACUAAAGAGGAGUUUGAUAAAGGACAAAUUCCAGGAUCCAUUCACAUGCCAGUUGAUACAGUAGAGACUGCUCUUGCACUGAUGCCAGAAGAAUUCAAGGCCAAGUAUGGAGUAACCAAGCCACCGUUGGAUGCGCCAGAGCUGGUGUUUCACUGCCAGAUGGGCAAGCGAGGGGGAACGGCCACAAACAAGGCCUCCGAACUUGGAUACGUGAAUGCACGUAACUAUGCAGGGGGAUACAAGGAGUGGUCUGCGAAAGAGGGAAAAUGAUUCCCGCUAAAGGAAGCCUCUCAUUAUACAAAUAGGCACUUUGAAAGCUAGACAGACAAAAUGUUUUUAUAGUGUUUUAUUUUCAUACUUUGUUUUCAUACAUACUAACAUGUUUGAAUAGAUACAAAUAAAGUAAAUUAUGCUAUCUACUCAGA